CGGUGGAAUUUUAGGAAAAUUAAUGUAAUAAAAAUAACGUGGAAAUUUUUUCAUUUUUUUGCCUCUACAAAGUUAUGAUAAAAAUUAGAAGAAAAAAAAGAAAUAAAUAAAAGCCGUUUAAGAAACGGUUCUUUUUUUUUGAAAGCUUUUUAUUAAUUUUAAAAAAGGUAUUGUAAGAAAAAAAAAAGGAGAAAAAAAAACAAAAAUUUUAGUUAAUCAGGCAGAAAAGUGUUUUUUUUUUUUGUUAUUGUUUUCAUAGCGUGCGGUUGAUUAUUUUAUUAGUGUGUUUUUGUUGUUUUUGAGGUUUUUGUAUAGCUAAAGAUUCUAUCAAAAUUUUUUUUAAGUUUGUGAACUUUUUAGUUUUACAAGAUUAUUAAAUCAAAUAACUACAAACCCGGACAUCUGCGGUUAAAAUGUAAAAAAUAAAUUUUUUCAGAAAUACAAGAAAAAUAAUUUACAAAAAAUUAAAAAUUGCGUUUACAUUUACACAUACUUAUAUAUGCACAUAAGUACAAAGGGAUUGUACAUACAAUAUAAAAAUAAUAUUUUGGAUUUGAAUUCAACGAAAAAUUAAAAAGAAAAAUUGAAAAAUAAAUUGAAAUUAAAUAAAAUUGUUAUCGAAUAAAAACUAUGAUUACCGGUUUUCUUAAUCCAAAAUUAAUGAAAAAUUAAUAAAAAAACAGAAAAUAAAAAAAAAAAAAUUAAAAAAAAUUAUAGCAACGCCAUUUUAUAGUUUAAAGUUAUAAUUUGCGAGUUUUUUAAUUUUUUCUAAAAACUUUGACAAAUAAAUAAUUCUUAAUUGCGUUCAAAUGUACUUACCACCAUAUACACGAAUUCAAACACAUACGUUAUGCUUAUACAUACAGUGUUUUCAUGUGGUAAUGUAACGGUAUAAAUAAUUAAUCAAAUUUUUUAAGAUUAAAAGAAUUUACGAUAUUUAAUUAAGUGGAAUUUUACAAAAUUUAAAUAAGAAAAGUAAAAGUAUUACUAUAUUAGAAUAGAAAAAAAAAACAUUGUAAAUGUGCUCCUUUAAAACUCUUCACGUAAUUUUUAUAAUUUUAAUGUAUACCUACAUAUAUCUAGUUAAUCUAAAGAAUUAUUUAUAAUUUAUUUGAAAAGUAUAAAGAAAAAAAAAUAAAAAUAAAAUUUUGACGAAAUUUUUUUCUAAAAAUAAAAAUUAAAUAAAAUAAAUUAUUUAAAUAAAUAUUUAUGAAUCGGCCGUUUUUCAAGAUUUUUGGCCUUUAGACCGGCAGAAAUUUUCAAUAGUACUUACUGUAACUGAAACAAAAACGAAAACAAAAUCCAAAAAUAAAAAAUUUCUAUAAUUAAAAAAAAAAUUAAUAAAAAACGAAAAAACAACAAAAAAAGAGCAAACAAAAACAUUUAGUCUGAAAAAACUAUUAAAAAAAAAUCAUAAUUGAAAAAUUUCUAAGAAAAUUUUUGAUAUUUUGUCAAUAAUAACCCAAAUUUGCUAAUAUAAAAAAAAUAUUCAUAUGUAUGUAUGUAAUUAAAAAGUGAUUAACAUUGAAUCAUUUGCAUAAAAUUCCAUACAAAUAUUUAAAAAAAUAAAAAAGAGCAAAACAAAACCGCGCAAUCUUUAAAUGAUAAUAGGAAUGAAUUAUCAAAAUUGUAUUAAAAUUUAUAUGAAAUUGUGUAGUUAACACGGACGCAAAAUGUGAUAUUAGAACUUUUUAUUAGAAAAAUAUUAACAACAUAUACUCGUAUAUACAUACAUACUGCUAUACAAAAUUAUGUAUUAAAAUAUAGUAACGAAAUUAACAUAUAAGAAAAAUUCUAAAUAAAUGUUUUUGCUUUCUUUGUAUAAUUCUCUAAUCAGCAAAAAGAGGUUAAUAAUAUAAAUUUAGAAAAAAAAAUAUAGUAAAUCCAAGUCAAACAUAUGUAUAAACAUAUACAAUAAAAAAUAUAUUAAAAUUGGCAACCAAAAAAAAAAAAAAAACGCACACAAAUAUACUAAACAAAAAAAAAAAGAAGAAAAGAAAAGAAAAAUGAAGAAAAUAAAUUUAAUAAAUUAUUUAGAUUUAAGAAAUAUUUUAAUAUUUAUAAUAACAAUUAAAAUAAUUAUUGCCACCGAAACUACUAAUAAUAAUAAUUUAAAUAAUAUUAAUAAAAUACCAUUCGAACGAAAUUCGAAUUCGAAUUCAAAUCAAAAUAAAAAUCAAAUUGUAAAAAAUAUUAGUUUUGAAGAAUCCGAUGAUGAAAACGAAGAUGAAAUUAUAAAUGAUAACAGUGAUGAUGAUGUGCAUAUCACAAACAGUGAUAACAAAAAUAAUAAUAAUGAAAGUAACAUAAAUAAUUUAAGAAAAAAUAAUGUAAUAACAACAACAAGUUCAUCCAUUUCAUCAAUUUAUGGUAACAAUCCUAGGGAAUCUUAUAACUUUAAUAAUUUUCAAUGUUUUAGUAAAGAAGAAAAAGAAAAACAUACAAAUCUGAUGUACAAUCCCGGUUAUAAACAAUCUAUAAAUAUACGAGUUUCAAAAAGGGCCACUCAUCAAUUGCUGUCAAGAAUUUUUGGAAUAUUUUUACAUGAAAUUCUAGACUAUCAAAAUGUUAGUCUUGUUUAUUCAAAUGUCAAUAGUAAUGACUCUGAAGUUUCAAAAUUAUUUCAUCAACUUCUUGAAAUUGCAAGCGGUGAAAACUUGAUUGAUUUAGAAGUAUGGAUGUAUCCAAAUUUUCAUGCAAUACCAUAUUAUAACGUAUAUGAAGCUGGAACAGUUACAUAUCCGGGUCGUUUUGGAUGGUAUACGGAAGCGAAUUUCGUAACAGAUCCGAAUGUUUUUGUUGAAGAUUUACAUUAUAGUUUAUUUUUAUAUCCAGAUCGCAUGUAUUAUCGUAAAUAUGUUAUUGAUAAAAUAAUUUUAGAUGAACUAGAAAGAAAAUUUGGUUUUCAAAAAAUCGAAUUAUCAUAUGAAUGUCAAAAUUAUAAUAAAACAUGUGCAACAAUAUUUGCACCAGACUAUGAGGAAACAUCAUUUUUAUCGAAACAUGUUGAGGAAUUCAAUUUAUAUUUACAAAUUAUAUGGAUUGAUGACAAGCAUUUUAAAAAUACCUUGGAUUAUUUACACAAUAAAUAUAAAUCACAAAAUAUUCGGAAGCAAAAUAAACGUUAUCUGUUCCUAUCAUGGUCACCAUCAGCUAUAAUUGAUGAUAAAAUUGAUUAUGUUCAAUUAACAUUGCCACCAUGUGAAAGAUUUAAAUCAGCUGCUGAAACAACUUGCAAGUAUGAAAUGACACCAAUAUUAAAAUAUUAUGAAAGAAAAUUUCAAAAUUAUAAACUAGCAUUUAAUGCUCUCACAUUAUUUGAAAUUGAAAGAGAAAAUUUACGACAAAUUUUAAUUGAAUCAAAUUUAGCUAAAAUGAACAAUCCAAAAAUGUCUGUAUCUGAAAUAUAUAAUGUUGUUGCAUGUAAUUAUUUAAAAAAUUAUCCAAAUGAAUAUUUGAAUUGGUUGAAAACAUCUGAAAAAAGUUCAUUAUUUAUUGGUGGAAUAUUUCCUUUAACCGGAAAUGGUAAAUUAUAUGGUAAUUUAAUACCAUUUGUUAGAAGUGCAACGGAAGCAAUUAACAAUAAUUCAAGUGUAUUAUCAAAUUUUCGACUGUCUGUUAGUUAUAAUGAUGGCCAAUGCAAAGCUGAUACCGUAAUGAAAGCCUUCAUACAUUAUUUUAAUUUAGCAACACCAAUAAUUGGUGUAUUAGGACCCGCAUGUAGUGAAACAGUAGAACCAAUAGCUGGUGUUUCCAAACAUACUAGAAUGACUGUAAUAUCAUAUUCAGCUGAAGGUGCAUUAUUUACUGAUCGUAACACGUAUCCAUAUUUUUUCCGCACAAUCGGUUCAAAUAGACAAUAUGAACAAGUUUAUUUCGAUUUGUUUAAGCAUUUCGAAUGGAGGCAAAUAGCUGCUUUAACUGAAGAUGGGCAAAAAUAUACUGAAUAUAUAUCGCAUAUGGACACACUGCUAAAGCAGCAAGGUGUUGAUCUCAUUCUAAAUAAGAAAUUUCCUAAGGAUGUAACCUCAACUGAAAUGAAUAGACUUCUUCAAGAGUUUAAAAAUAAAAAUGCUAGAAUCAUAAUUGCGGACAUUUAUAACGAUAAUGCAAGAUCAAUUAUGUGUGAAGCUUACAAUUUACAAAUGACUGCAAGGCAUGGUUACGUAUGGUUCCUACCUGCUUGGAUAUCAAAAGUAUGGAAUGGAGAUAGUUCUUCUAUAACAAUUGAUAACAUGAAUACAACAUGCACAAAAGAAGAGCUGUCUGAGGCGGUAAAUGGUCACUUUUCGCUAACACAUUCAGCUUUUGCUCCCAGUGAUUCCAUAAUGAUAGAAAAUAAAACCGUUCAUGAAUGGAAAGAAAAUUAUCUAAAAAGAGGUGGAGAAGCCCAUUUUUCAAAUUAUGCAGCAUUUGCAUAUGAUGCGGUUUGGGUAUACGCUUUAGCUGCCGAUAAAUUGUUGCAUGAAAAUCCUUCAGCAAUUUAUGAUUUAAGAUCACCUGAUGUUAUUAAGCGCUUAAGUGAAAUUAUUUCAGAUACUGAUUUUAAUGGAUUAUCAGGACGUAUACGUUUUGAUGAAGGUGGCUCUCGUAUUGACAAUGUUGAUAUCUUACAGUGGAUUAAUGGAAAAUUCAAUCAUGUCGGUACAUUUACACCAACAAUCGAUGAAAAAUCUUAUAAAAUAAUUGGUGGAGAGUUGGCAUUAAACGAAAGUAAUAUAAACUGGUUAAGUGGAGAACGACCAAAAGAUGGAGCAUAUCAAUGUUCAAUGGCAACACUGGCAGAAUUUUUACAAACAACAUGUGAAAACGUAAAUUAUAUUGUUAUAAUUUUAUCAUUAGUCGUAGCGCUUUGUGUUUUAUCAACUGGCUCAUUUAUAUUUUGGAAAUAUAGAUAUCAUGCCAAAUUAAAACAAUCUGCCAAAGUUAUGAAAAAUUUUGGUAUUGAUUUACUUUCACCAAAUGCCAAAACUUACAAUACUCUUGACAAAUGGGAAAUAUCAAAAGAUAAAGUAGUUAUAAACCGAAGACUUGGUGAAGGUGCAUUUGGUACGGUUUACGGCGGUGAAGCUCAGUUGGAUGAUCAGGGCUGGACAGCUGUUGCUGUAAAGACUUUAAAAGUUGGUGCAUCAACUGAAGAUCGUUUAGAUUUCUUGUGUGAAGCAGAAGCUAUGAAACGUUUCGAUCACAAGAAUAUCAUUAAAUUAAUUGGUGUUUGUCUACAGAGUGAACCAAUGUAUACUAUAAUGGAAUUUAUGUUAUAUGGUGAUUUAAGAAAUUUCCUAUUAGCAAGGCGUAAUUUAGUUGAUGGAAAAAUAACAGAUGAAUCAGAUAUUAGUCCGAAACGUUUAUCAAUGUAUGCAUUAGAUGUUGCACGUGGCCUUUCAUAUUUAGCUGAUGAAAAAUAUGUUCAUCGCGACAUUGCAUGUCGUAACUGUUUGGUAAAUACACAACGUGUUGUAAAAAUUGGUGACUUCGGUAUGGCUAGACCAACAUUUGAAAGUGAUUAUUACAGAUUUAAUCGUAAAGGAAUGUUACCCGUAAGAUGGAUGGCACCAGAAUCAUUAGGUUUAGGAUUAUUUACACCAGCAUCUGAUGUUUGGUCAUUUGCUGUAUUAUUAUAUGAAAUUAUAACGUUUGGAUCAUUUCCAUACCAAGGCUUAUCAAAUAAGCAAGCUUUAGAAGCAAUUAAACAAGGCCAAAUUUUGACAAUUCCACGUGGUGUUAAGCCACAUUUGGAGGGUCUAAUGAAAGCAUGUUGGAGUUUAGAUUAUAAAAAGCGUCCAUCUGCUUCUGAAAUUGUUGAAUAUAUAUCAAGUAACCCAAGAUUAUUAACACCAUGUUUAGAUGUGCCAUUAUCAUCAGUUCAAAUGGCUGAAUCUGAUAGUGAUCAAUGGGAAUUAUUACCUGGUUUAAGAAAACGUAUUUCCACACAACCAAAAAUCGAUAUUUUACCAUCAAAAACAUCAAAUUUAAAUGAUUUUGAUGAGAAAUCUCAUUCAAAUGGUAAUAUUAAUGAAAUUAAAACAAAUAAGCCAAUAAAUGGUAUGAUACCAAUACCAUCAACUUCAAUUAUAAUUCAUAAUAGUGAUGAUAAAAUUAUUGAUAAUGUUAUAGGUAAUUCCAUUGAAGAAAAUAAUUUAAAUGGUUAUAGUGUAAUGUCACCACUAUUAAAAAUGGAACCAGAAAUUACAAAUAGUAAUUCAAGUUUAAAACGUUAUGUUCCAAUGUAUAAUAUUGGAAAAAAACCAAAAAUUUAUAACAGUAAUUGUAACAAUAAUAAUACUAAUAAUAAUAACAAUAUCAAUAGUAGCAAUAAUAGCAGUCCAAUUAAUAAAAGAUCAAUUGAUAAAGGUAAUAAAUUGUUCAUAAAUGAAAUUGAAUUGCUUGAAAUGAGAUCGUAAAUU